GGGGCGGCCCUGGGACGCAGCGGGAGCAUGGAGCCGCGGGCCGGCUGCCGGCUGCCGGUGCGGGUGGAGCAGGUCGUCAACGGCGCGCUGGUGGUCACUGUGAGCUGCGGCGAGCGCAGCUUCGCCGGGAUCCUGCUGGACUGCACGAAAAAGUCUGGCCUCUUUGGCCUACCACUGGCUGAUGACCCCUCUGCAAUCAAUUCCUGCGGCCCGGCCCCUGAGGAGGGUAAUGGAGAAGUGAUGCAGCCCGGGACGGGCUUCCCGCCACCUCCCCAUGGUGACCAGGCCCCUGAGGACCAGCCUCCCAAGACAGCUGGCCCAGAGCCACCUCCGCCUCUUGUGCCGCCACUGCCUGCCCAGAGCCUUCCCCCCUACCCACCGUACUUUGAAGGUGCCCCUUUCCCUCACCCACUCUGGCUGAGGAACACCUAUCAGCAGUGGGUGCCGCAGCCGCCACCCAGGACCAUCAAGCGGACCCGACGGCGUCUGUCCCGCAACCGAGACCCCGGUCGCCUCAUCCUGAGCACCAUCCGCCUGCGUCCCCGCCAGGUGCUCUGUGAGAAGUGCAAGAGCACCGUGAACCCCCAGGAGGCCAGCCCCAGCGCCCCAGCUGCUUCAAGGCCCCGCCGGAGGCUGGGCAGUGGCUCGGACCGGGAGCAUCGCAAGGCAGAGGAGCCAGAGGACAGUGAUCCCUUGGCCACAGCCACUGUGAGGAAGAGCAAGAAGGAGAGGCGGGAGGACGACAGGGCCUCCCUCGAACAGGUCCCACGGAGCCCCGUCAUCAAGAUCUCCUACAGUACACCGCAGGGAAAGGGUGAGGUGGUCAAGAUCCCGUCCCGUGUGCACGGCUCCCUGGAGCCCUUCUGCCCCCAGCAGGCUCUUCACAAUGGCAGCCUGGACCCUGAGGUGACUAGAGAUGCAGAGCCCAGGGGCGGAGGGGACCGACCACUCAGUGGCCCUUCCACCUCCAUCCCCAAGUUGAAGCUGACGCGUCCCCUGCCUCCUGGCUCGGACCUGCCACCUCCCAAGAUCCGCCUGAAGCCCCACCGCCUGGGGGAUGGGGAGUGUGAGCCCCUGUACAGGGCCGAGCUGGUGGAGGAGCUGAAUGGCUGCCGCCAAGGCCCCCAGGCUGGCUCAGCUGACAUCUUUGCAGAUAGCUCUGCCCGUGGACUGGAGGAUUUGUCUUCAGCAAGUUCUGGCGAGGAUGAUGACUUCAAGAGGUGUCCCCAGAGUAAACAGGGACGCGAUGGCUUAGCCUUUCUUGUAAACUGCCCUGGGAGGAGAGCAGGUUGUGCCAGCGAGUCUGUGUGCAGCAGCGAUAGCCUGGAUGAAUCCAAAUCCUCCAGCUCAGAAGUGACGUCUCCAGACACAGGGGACCUCUCGUCCGGUGAUGGUGCGACCGUGCCUUCCUCUUCCAGGGAUGUUCGCCAGACAGUACCGCCCCUAACAGUCAGGCUGCACACCCAGAGCGUGUCUAAGUGCGUGACCGAAGACGGAAGGACCGUGGCUGUAGGGGACGUCGUGUGGGGUAAGAUUCAUGGUUUUCCUUGGUGGCCAGCGCGUGUCCUUGACAUCAGCCUUGGCCAGAAGGAGGAUGGAGAGCCUUCUUGGCAAGAAGCAAAAGUCUCGUGGUUUGGGUCUCCGACUACGUCAUUCUUGUCUAUUUCAAAACUCUCCCCUUUCUCUGAAUUUUUCAAACUGAGAUUUAACCGUAAGAAGAAGGGGAUGUAUCGGAAAGCUAUAACUGAGGCUGCCAAUGCCGCACAACACGUGGCCCCAGAAAUAAGGGACCUCUUGACCCAGUUUGAAACGUAACUUUGGUUCCCUGACCAGGUCACCGACGGUGAGGAUGCAGCUGUUGUCCCGGAGCUUCUGAUUCCAUCCAAGUGACCCUACAUGCCUCCUGGCCAGCUUUGUGCAGACACACGCUGGGUACAGUGGGCAGCCUGGCCCUGAGGAGCAGGUGUGUCCAGGAGGAGACGAGACCGGUGCACAGUGGCGCCUCUUGGCUGAAUGUAUUUAUUCCCGUGACUCAGGCUACAGUGCUCCUCGCUUGGAAGGAGCCAGGAACUCAGUGAUGCGCUUGCAGCUUCACACGCUGGCGUGGGCGACCUCCGGGCUCAGAAUUCCCUUGCAAGAGCAGGGCCUUCUGCCUCGGCCUGCCUGGUUGCCAGUGUGGGUGGCUCUGCCCAGCCACGGAUCUUCCCUCUGGGCAUGGCCGUCUCAGCUGCUCAGCUCCAGCUGUUUGCAGGCUUGACGAAAACCAAAUUGCACGUGUGGGGUUCUCCUUCCCAAGCCCUUGGGCACGGGGUCUCUGAACACUUGAGAGCUGGGGACCUAUCUGCAUCUCACCCCAUUCCUCCCAGAGCAUGGGUCCCCCUGGGUGGCCAGCCCCGGCCUGCAAGGCCACCUUGUCCAAGAGAUGCUGCUAUGAAUUGCCAGUACUGUGAGGAGGAGGUGGAGGGUAGACCUUGAAAACAGCACAAUGUUAAGAGGAGAAACUGGCUCUGCUGUUUGUAAGAGUGCAUUCCUUCCCCUUUCUGUCACUUUAUAGACCAAAAAGAAAAAGGA